AUGAGUGUUUCAGACAAAUACCCAGAACUUGUUAGACAAUUUUUCCUUCUUGAUGAAGUGAAGGAAAUUUUGCCGAACUAUCCAAAAUACAAAAUUUUACUGCAAACUCCUGAAGUCGAUCGUGAAUACUACAAAAACAUCACCAGUCCUGAAUUCAUUAGACAAUGGCAGCCAGAAGUCCUCAAUCACUACCGAAAUAACUGGACCGAAGUCACUCCUCUUUGUGCUAUUGUACAUGAUAGAACCAUUGAUGCCGGUUUGAGAAUCCAAAAGUUUUUCCAUCCAUCCAUCUUACCGAAUGAACUUCAUGGCGAUGUUUGGAUACUAGUAAAAGAGAACAAAGAAGAACUCGAUGCCUUUAUAGAAAAUGUGCAAUGUCUUCAAAAUUAUGUUAGAGAUAGCUCCAACAGUAAAUACACUUAUUAUCGUUGUGAGUAUUGCAAAAAGAAUAAAGGUGUUAAAAGUAAAAAAACUGAUUGCAAGCAUAAAAUUGCAGUACAUGCUCUUGAAGGUGGAAAAUACAAAAUAGUCUGGCACUUUCAGCAUAACCAUGCUUUCGAUCCAAGAAGGAUUACAAAGGCAACCAGAAACUGGUUGAUGGACUUAGCUUCAACAAAUAUACCAAGGGCAAGUUCUGACAGCAGGAGAUCAGUGACGAAAUUCAAACUGAGUUCAUUUUUACUUUCUGACAAAUUUAAAAUUUCCAACAAGGUAUUUAAUUAUUAUAAAAACAAAAAUAAAAAGAGCCAGGCACAUCUUGACAAAAAUGUUAUCAAAAGUUUAAAAAUAUGGGUUUCAUAUAUAAAUACCCUUAAUGAAUUUGCCGUGUUUAAAAAGAGACCAACAAAUUCUGAAAAUGUUGAAUUCUGUGACGUGGAAGCCGAUGCUUUGAAUCCUGAGUCUACGUGGUAUUUUGGAAUUAUUCUUUUGAGCAAUCUCCAAUAUAUGCUGAGCCCACAAACUGUUUUCCUUGAUAGUACACAUAAAUUAGGCCACGGCCCUCACAACGAGGACAUAAUAACAUAUAUCUUUAUCACAAAAAGCUCUUUAUCUGGAGGAGGGAUACCAAUAGGUUACUUAAUAACAAAUAGAGAGUCUCAUGAGCCGUUAGCAUCAUUUUUGAGAUUUUUUGUUGAAAAGAAAAUACAAAUCAAAAGAUUCGUGAUAGAUUGUUCAGCUACUGAAAUAAAAGCUAUUGAAGAAGGAUAUAAUGUUGGUAUCAUUGAACCCACAGAUGGAUCAUCAAGUGCUGGUGAUAAAUUUGAAGCUAUCAUAACGUUUUGCACUUGGCAUUGUUUGAGAGCUUUUAAUAAGGCAAUUAAGAAAGGUAUAACAAUACAAAAUAGAACAAAUAAUGAGCAAAUAUCCCCAAAUGAAAUUAUCACAGAAGUUGACGGAGAAAUGACAGAUGAAGAAUUCAUAAAUCAGAUAGCCACUCAAGGGGUUGUUGCACAAUCAAACUUAACUGCAGGUAGGAAUAAGGAAGAGAUAAUUGCAAAUCAAAGAAUUGCUCUUUCAUAUAUGGUAGAAUUAAAACGGAAAAAAGCCAUUGAAGAAGCUAAUGAUUUUUUGCAUGUAAUCGAAGCCACGUUUCGGGAAUACCCGGACUUUGUUGCAUACGCCCAGAAAACAUUCAAAACCACAGGGAAAUACUGGUUAAACUGCCAUUUUGGUAAUUACAGAGAACUUACAAAUAAUUGUGUGAAAAGUUAUCACCAAGUUUUAAAAACCAAAUAUUUCGAAAGACGCAGAAAAUACCGAGUUGACCGAGUAAUUUGGAUGUUUAUUGAACCCAUUGCUAAGUACUAUGAGUAUUACCAUUCAGCUGUUAUUGUUACAUCCCUGUUAAGGUACAUUGAUAAAGCUGAAGAAGCUUCCAAACUCAAAGCAGAAGCAGUUUCAGAUGAGGACAUGAGGCAAAUGAUUGUUGACCUUCCAGGUUAUAUUGCAGUUAAAUCGUUCAAUGGAUCAAAUUAUUACAAGAUUAGUUUUGGUGAACGUGGAAUCUUUUCCUGCGAAUGUCCGUACAACGAGUAUUCAAUUGAUUGGUGCAAACACAUUUUCUUAUAUAAGCGUUAUAAGGUGGCUAAAGGAUUGGACAUACCUUUUGUCGAGCUUGAAAGAAACCCUUUGGCUGACUUAAGUGGUUUAAACGGUACUAAUGAGAUAGUUGAACGAGAAACAGAUACUAUUGGAGAUGAAUCAGAAGACGAAGAAUUAGUUGAUAGUGAGUCAGGAUUUAAGAAUGCCACCUAUAAUGAGAGUGAUUUUGGUGACGAUAAUUUUGAUUCUAUGGAAAAUGAUCCAGAUGGUGACGAACCAGAUUUUAGUAUUGAAAACACAGAACCAACUGAAGUAUCCCAAGAAGAGACCGAAGAAGAAAUUGGUGCCAGGCUUGCACGCGACAGAGUUGAUCCUGGGUUCUCCAUAGAUGACGACAAUAUUGGAAACGACUUCGAACUCGCUGACUCUUCUCAAGUUUUUACAGACGGUGGAACAGCUUAUUACACACAAAACACAGAAUCAGACCCAUUUAUUGAAUGGCCUAUAAGUGAAACAAUUGAUCUGCAAGAAAGUGCUGAUGUUAUUUUAGAAAUCGAAAGCAUAGAAGGGGUUUAUGCUAAGAAAGCUGCUAGAAAUAUUAAGCAACGGGAAGAGAAUUAUAGUAGUUUAGAUACAGAGGUUAAAAGAAUUCAAGAUGAGGAGAAAUCUCAAAGGGAGAAGGUUAAAAAGCUAAGGGCAUUAAUUAAAAAAGAAGAGAUGGAACAUAAAAAGAAAAUGGCGGCAGUGAAUAGGAUUCAAAAGAAACGCAAUAAGGAAAAAGAACUAAUCAAAACUCAAAAGAAAGCGUUGGCUGAGAUACAACGAAUAGAGAGAAUGAUUAGAGAUAAUAAUUACAGUGAGGAAGAAGAACAUGAAAAGACUGAGGAACUCAAACGUUUGUAUCAUUCAACAAUGUUAGAUUCAAAUAGAAAACAAUCCAGAUAUUGA